CACUACACUGGCGGCACAUGACAAGCAGCAUGAGCGGUGCCGAUCCCGUGAGCUGAGAAAGUUAUCGUCAGUUUCCUUAUGAUCCCAUUUUUAGUACAGCUUAAGCAUGGUUUGCCUGACUGGUUUGUUAGUUUCGGUGGCAGGUUUUGUCCUGCUAUUGCUCGGCAGUCUGUUUCUCUCAUACACGUUGUUUUUGCACUAUUUGCAUGUCAAAUACAGCCACAUUCCAGGACCAAAGCGAUCGAGCUUUUAUUGGGGCAACUUGGCAGAAAUGGCACAAGCGAUUGCUGACAAGAAGUUGAUAGAUGACCUCUUGUUUGAGUGGUCCAAAAAGUAUGGCAAUGUCUUUGUAUUCCAUAUCUUGCACAAUGUCAGCGUUCAGGUGUACACCCCAGAAGCUGCAAGGGAUAUCUUGGUUUUGGAGAACUUCCCCAAGUGGCAAAGAGGCUAUCGGGCUCUGACACAGGUGUUUGGACAACGCUUCUUCGGCAAAAGCCUUGUGACGGAAAUCGACCAUGAGACAUGGAAACCCAUGGGUGCUCUGUUUAGUCCAGCCUUCCAUCGCAACUUUUUGAAAACGUGUAUUGUCCAGUUCAAUACCAGCUGUGACUUGCUCCUAGAGAGCUUGUCUAAGAAAGCUGAUGGGAAGACUGAAGUCAACAUGCUGGACAUGUUCAACAGUGUCUCCCUAGAUUGCAUCACCAAGGUUGCAUUUGGUCUUCAUGUGAACAGACUUGAUGAAGAGAACCCCCAGCUCAUUGCAGAUAUCAGGUGUGCAGCAGAGUCAGCAUUUGAAAACUUCCUCAAGCCUCUGCUAUGGUGCAACCCAUCCAAGUCGGCUAGGGAAUAUCGUGAGAAGGGGAGACAGGCCGUCAACCGCAUUCGCAAGAUGGCGCGAGAUUGCAUCAUGACCACCAUGGAGUCCUUGAACUCCGGCCAGACGCUGGACAACAACAUACUGGCUCACAUACUGCAGACGUCGACGCUGAGCGACAAGAACGGCGUCAUCACGGAGGUGGAGCUGGAGAAGAUGGUGGAUCAUUUUGUCACGUUCCUGGGGGCAGGACAAGAGACCACAGCGUGUCUCAUGGCGUCUACUUUGUUGGAGAUUGUGCAACUUCCAGAAGUUGUAUACAAAAUGAAGACAGAAGCAGACGCUGUGAUUGGUGACAACGGAUACGUUAGCUUUGAGGACUUGUCCAAUCUGAAAUACACUCAGGCGGUUUUGAAGGAAGGUUUGCGUGUCCAUCCUCCAGUGUCCAGCGUUCCCAGACAGCUGACCAAAGAUGUCGUCUAUAAUGGUAUCAAAGUACCUGCAGGCUCCCCUGUUGCGGUGAGCAUGAUCAACAUGGCCAGGCAGGAGGAGUAUUUUGAAAAGCCGGAGGAAUUCAUACCAAGUCGAUUUUUGAAUGACGAAAGUUUCAAAUAUGUGCACAUCCCCUUUUCUCUGGGUCCAAGAAAAUGCAUCGGGCAGCAGUUUGCAAUGAUUGAGGCUCGCGUCAUCAUGGCCAAACUGAUGAAGUAUUUCCACUUUGAGCUGGUACCCGGUCAGUCUUUGCACUUCGUUAAGAUGGUAACCUGCAAACCCAAGGACGGCUGCUUGGUGUACAUCAAGCCUGUCGUUCCUCUCAACCAUGUGACUUCAUAAAUCGGGCGGUCCGAGAAACUUCAACCAGCAGAAUUGAUUCCUCAGGAAAUUUCAUUCUAACUGGGGUGCAGGGUGGCCACUUAUCAAAUUUGAAAAUCCAAGAUGACCACAGAAAAAUUCCCAAGAUUUCCCAAGAUAUCUUUACUCAUAGAAAUAGCAGCACAGACCCUAUUUGUAUGUGAAUAUGGCUCACAAAGUGCUUCAAUUAACAUUUUUGUCUGUUCUCAAUAUGCAAAAAAAUGCCAAGGCUCAGCGAAAUGUUCCCAAGCCCUGGCCUAAAUUCCCAAGAUCUUGGGAAAAAUCCCAAGGAGUGGCCACGCUGCUGGGGCAACAUAAGCGCAUGUUACUCAUUGCUUGCUGUGUUGCCACUAAAUUUGAGGCAACAAUGAAUACACAGUGAUUUUGAUGUCAUGUGUCAUGAAGCUCUGAUCAUACGAGGGAACAAAAUUAGAUCUCAGAUAUUGUACGUGGCAACUUGUACCAAAGAAUGGCAGACAAACUGCAACGUGAGUAACCAUAACUGACUUACCAAAAUAUGUCUCUCUGGAAGCUUUGUGAUUGAUUAUUUAUAAUAAUUGUAAUGGCAGAAUAUGACUUACACCCUAAUGAUGUAAAAGGCACUUACAAGAUUUUUCCGUCAGCACACAGAGGAAAACUUUCAAAUGCAAGGCAUUUAAAAUUUUCCAUAUCCUUUUUGUGUUACGUGAGUUACCCAUAAAAACUUAUUGCCGAGUGAAAAGAACUUUUUAUGUUGGCCUUUUGUUGUAGUUUUUUCAAUUAAUUUCAAGGGAUCUUCAGUGAGAAAAAUCCACCAUAAUUUAACUUUAUAGACUAACAGCACAGAGUUGACGGAAGACGUUUGGAGGGGCCAAAAGUAACGCAAGUUGUCAUGGAAUUACCCCUAUACAGCAUGCCAAGGUUUGAGUUUUGGCUAAGAAAUAGGGGUGCAUGGCCUCUUGAAAUCACCAGGACCCCUUACUGACGUCAGGGGGAUGGCUGUUCUGUUUCCAUAGCAACUGGCAGCAUACUGCUAUAGUCAUGUUUAAACCAAACCACACCCAUCUGGAAUAGACUAACCCAGGGAACAAAAUUAGAAGUCAUUUCAGACUAAAAACAUGCUUGUGUGCAUAUAGUAAGGUUCUACAAAGCCAGGCGUGUGUGUAUUUGCGAAUCCACGCAUACUUGUUCUGCAACUGUGGGGAUGUAUACGUUUUGUCCCGUAGUACUAUGGGGACCAAGAUGCUGUGGGGACAGCAGAAAGUCCCCAUAACUGAGUCCUACAUGUAAGUUGCUUAGCAAUAAGAAAAUUCCCAGAACGCGGUCCAAUAAGAGUGCGUGCAUACCACCUGUGUCUGAGCAUUCCAAUUUAGGUGUGGAUUAGUCUGCACACCCUGUAUGAAAUAGAAAUUGGAAAUUUUGAAACUCUGUGAUGGAUUGGCAAUAACCAUUUUCUUUAUUCAAUGUGUCAUAUGUUGACAUACUAGAUGUAAAGUUACUGAAACAAAUGCAUCCAUGUUGCAUUCCGUUAUCUGAAAUCUUUGUAUUUUUAUAAAUUGUGUAUUAGGCCAUAUUCUUAGCAGCAAGUCUUUAUGAGUUAACAGAUUAUAUUUAAAUUUUGGUUAUUUUAAUCCGGGACAGACCAAAUCAUCAAAAUGUAUAAACGUAUUAAUUAUUAGAAAUGGAUGUCUUUUACAUGUGCAUACAAUUUAUUUUUUGUUAAAAUGUUUGACAUUAUGAAUGGGUUAAAGGGAAUGUACAUCAUUAAUUUGCUUUUGCUGUAAUUUUCAGAAAUGGAUGGA